AUGUCAUCAAGCCUUCUUUUGCCUCUGAUUGAACCUGUCUCCUCGGUGCCUCUAGCAGGAGGACCCACAGGUGCCUAUGUGGAAGUGACAGGUAGGACUGCCACGUGGCAUGGGCCAGCUCAGGACAUCGCAGCAGCCAAUCAGAGCCCUGAAAGCAGCACUGCCCGGGCUGAUGAUAGAGCUGACGGUGGGCCAAUUCGUCUGUUUGUGACGUAUGCUGUGAGCGCGUGGGUGCGUUUGGGGAGAGACAGACGGCACAAAGAGCACGGGCGGGGAGAACAGAAAAUCCUCCCCCUCUUUGCAAGAAAGGAAAAAAAAGCAGAGGAAGGAGGGGCAGAAGAAACGGAGGCAGCAGAGGCAGAAGGAGUGGAGGAAAGGGUGAAAUCACAUGCAGUGAACAUCGCACUAGGGGUGGAUGGGGGAUGGGUAAAUGCUGGUUCGGUAGAAGCUUCCGGGAAGGAGUGGGUGCGGUGCUGGGGGUCGUUUCGCCUAGAGAAGCCGUACAGGCAAGCAGUGCUGUACGUGCAGGGCCCGCCGCCAGGUGUCAGCAUUCAAUUGGCCGAUGUGCACGUGGUGCCUGUGGAGUGGCGGGAGAGGGUGCCAUGGCUGCGCGAGCAAGCAGACAGGCUCCGUAAGGGAUCGUUUCGUCUCCGCCUCCUCUCCGCCACACAAAAUUCCUCCCUCCCAAAUACACCGCAUUUAACUCCCUCCCACACCCCUUCUCCCCUCCCCACCACGCCCUCUUUCCCCCAUCAGCUCCGCAAGGGAUCACUGCGUCUCCGCCUCCUCUCCGCCGCCGGCCAGCCAAUCCCGUGCGCCCACGUGUCAGCCAAUCAGACGCGCCGUGCCUUCCCCCUGGGUACCUGUGUGAACUCGAGGGACCUGCUGGGGAACCCACGCUACCAGUCCUUCUUCCUUUCCCGAUCCCAGGGAGGGAGAAUGGGAAACGAAAAGGAUCCACAGAUUUUUCGUGAGGGAAAGGGAAGCAGGUUGAGUGGGAGUGGGAGUGGGGCGUGGUUCAGCUGGGGCGUGUGUGAGAACGAGCUCAAGUGGACGAGUGUGGAGGCGAGGCGAGGCGAGGAGGACUGGAGGGACGCUGAUGCCAUGGUGACGUGGAUGCAGGUGUGUGUGGUGAUAGCUGGGGGUGAGAGUGGGGAUGGGGAGGGGGAUGGGGAUGGGGAUGGGGAUGGGGAUGGGGAUGGGGAUGGGGAUGGGGAUGGGGAUGGGGAUGGAUAUGGGGAGGGGGAUGGAGAUGGGGAUGGAUAUGGGGAGGGGGAUGGAGAUGGGGAUGGAUAUGGGGAUGGGGAUGGAGAUGGGGAUGGAGAUGGGGAUGGGGAUGGAGAUGGGGAUGGGGAUGGAGAUGGGGAUGGAGAUGGGGAUGGGGAUGGGGAUGGAGAUGGGGAUGGAGAUGGGGAUGGAGAUGGGGAUGGAGAUGGGGAUGGAGAUGGGGAUGGGGAUGGGGAUGGGGAUGGGGAUGGGGAUGGGGAUGGGGAUGGGGAUGGGGAUGGGGAUGGAUAUGGGGAUGGAGAUGGGGAUGGAGAUGGGGAUGGAGAUGGGGAUGGAGAUGGGGAUGGGGAUGGGGAUGGAGAUGGGGAUGGGGAUGGGGAUGGGGAUGGGGAUGGGGAUGGGGAUGGGGAUGGGGAUGGGGAUGCAAGGACGAGGAGAGAGCAUGGAGUGGCAAUGAGAGCACACUGUCUCUUCUGGGACAACAUGCGCCCGCCUUGGGUGGACAAACUCUCACUCGCGGACCUCAAAGAUGCUAUUGACAGCAGAGUCACGUCCUUCCUCACCCACUACCCCAACUGUUUUUCCACAUGGAUGUCAACAACGAGAUGCUUCACGGGGAUUGUUCUCCUCUCGCUGUGGCCAAGCUACUCUUCUCUCACCUACCUUCCCCAUCCCACCCCUCCCCCCUACACAGAAGCUAUUGACAACAGAAUCACAUCCCUCCUCUCUCGCUACCCCAACUGUUUCUCUCACAUGGAUGUCAACAACGAGAUGCUUCACGGGGGAUUCUUCUCCUCCCGCUGCGGCCCAUCCAUCAUUCCCCGCAUGUUCCAGUUUGCCGCCCAAAUCGCGCCCUCCCUCGUCCUUUUCCUCAACGAGUACCACAUAGAGGACGGCGAAGAUGAAAAGAGCCGCCCGGAAAAGUACGCGCAGUUCGCCCGCCAGCUCAUCGCCAGCGGGGCGCCAGUUGGCGGGCUCAGCACGCAGUGCCACAUCAGCGCGCCAGUUGGCGCCCACAUGCGGCAUGCAUGGAACAUCCUGGCAGAUGUAGGGUUACCAGUUUGGGUUACAGAGCUAGAUGUGAGCUCUGUAGACGAAAAAGUGAGGGCAGAUGAUUUGGAGAUUUGUCUAAGAGAGGCGUUUGGGCAUGGGGGAGUAGAAGGGGUGGUGCUAUGGGGUUUUUGGGAAGGUUCCGGCCUGGAUCGACCGUCCAUGUCGAGGAAAAAUGCACACUUGGUGCGUUCUGAUUGGUCGUUGACGGAGGCGGGGGAGAGGCUGGAAAGGUUGUUAGAGGAAUGGACGACAAGGGGUGUGGUGGGGAGGACGGAUGAGGAGGGGUGGUUUGUGGUUGAGGGGUUUGCAGGGGAGUACGAAGUGGUGGUGAGAGAUAGAGGGAAGGAGUGGAGGACCAUUGUGGAGUGCUUGUCGCCAGGCACCACCACCCGCCAUUCCGCGCAGUUUUUUUUCGCCUUCACCCCCCCGUACCCUCCGCCACUCGGCGCGCCAUCCUUCCGCGCCACCUCGUCGCCGCCCACCCCGCCCGCUUCGCCCACCGCGCCUCCUCAUCGCCCCGGUCCGACGGCGCGGCUGCGCGCCGAGCUGCGCACACAGCUGCAUGCGCGCAUAGCUGCGCGCGUGCCGCUCAUCGUCGUCGGGCGGAGGCUCCGACUCCCCGUCGUCCAUUCCUCCCCUCGCUCCCCGCCCCCCUCUCUUACGAUUAUUCCAGUGCUAGCAGGCUUCCCCACCGCCCCCAUCAACGUGCACCUCGGGAUCUCCCGGUACCCCGCACCCCGCCCCUCCUCCCGUCCCUCAUUUCCCUCCACAAUCCCCCUCCUCCCCCUUUCCCCCCUCUUCUCCCUCAUCCCCCCUCUCCCCCAGAUCCCCCAUCAACUCGCACCUCAGGAGCGCCUUCCCCCACAACCCCACGCUCAUUCCUUCCCCUCCACUCUCCACCCGUCACUCCCCCCUCCCCCCACGUCCCCCAUGAACCCGCACUGGGGGAUCUCCAUUCCCCUUACCCCUUCAAUCAUCUCCAUUCCCCUUACCCCUUCAAUCAUCUCCAUUCCCCUUACCCCUUCAAUCAUUUCCUUUCCACCCCUUCCCCCUAUCGCCCCUAGCUGUUUUGUGUUGGCAGGCUUUCCCACCUCCCCCAUCAACCCGCACCUCGGGAUCUCCGCGUCGGGAUCGGUGCCGCCCGGUGCCGCCCUCCUGCUGUGUGAUGACGUGGCAGCAGAAGGAAGCUUCCUGCUGCUGCACCUCCUCAAGUCGCACCUGCUGCUGCCGCCCCCAGAAGGGGGAGGGGGGAGGGAGAGGCGGGGGGAGGAGCAGGGGGACGGAGGUUGCAGGGGAGGUGGGGAGGGGUGUGUGAGAACGAUGUCCCACAUGAAUCGGAAGGUUACGUCUCCUCUUUAUUCACUGCCACUCGUUUUCCCUCCUCACUUCUGUUCUUCCCCCACUCCUUUCACUCUCCCACUCUCUCCUCUCUUCUUCCCUUCCCACGCCCUCCUCUCUCGUCUCCCCUCUCUUCUCCCGUUUCCCUCCUCCUCUCCCCCCCAGGGAGUUCACUUCCCCGACCUCUGCAGGCAGCAUCGCCUGGCCAUCAUUGACGGCCAAUCACAGGCCUACACGUGGCAGCCUGGUGGCUUAGAUCAUGCACGAGUGUGUCAGCAGCAAAAGGAAAUGCCACAUCAACAGGAGCCGCAGCAGCAGCAGCAGCAGCAGCAGGCAGGAGUGUACCAUUUCUCUCCUCCCUCUCACCCGCCCUCUCAUGCACCCCCCACCAACAACCCGCCUCACUCUGCCAACCCCCUUCGCGCCCUCUACUCCUCCAUCUGCUCUGCUGUCACCUCCCUUGGCUGCCCCCUCCACUCCUCCCAACCACCCCAUACCCCUUCCCACCCUGCUGAACCCCUUUCUCACCCUGAUCUCACUGCACUGACUCAACCUGCUGCUGAUGCUGCUUGUUCUGGUGCUGGAGCUGCCACGUCACCAUCUGGGGCUGCUGACGUGGCACCCGCAGCUCGGUGUGGCGGCCAGCUGUGCAUCGUGAUUGAUGAUGUGUCGUUGCUGGAGACGUGCGCGGGCGGCGAUUCUCGGCUGGUUAUGGACUUUCUGUCCGCAUGCCGUGGCCUAUGCACUAAGCACCAUAGAGCCUCCCUUGUGCUGCUCACUCAUGCAGCUGUCCACCCAACCACCUUCACCUACGCUGCAACCCCACCACCGCCACUCCCCACCCUUUCCUCCUCCUCCACUUCCUCCCCGAUCGCCUCUCCACCCCUCCUGCCCUGGCUGCUCCAUCUCUCUGACGUGCUCGUGCUGCUGAGACCACUUACAUCAGGCCAUGCAUCGGACAUCCAUGGGCAGACAGAUAUCGUGUAUCUCACUCCCACGCUGCUGCACGGCCCAUCACAUGGGAACGACGCAUCCUCCCCCUCACUCCCCAUGUUCCUUUCCCCCUCACUCCCCAUGUUCCUUUCCCCCUCACUCCCCAUGUUCCUUUCCCCCUCACUCCCCAUGUUUCUUUCCCCCUCACCCCCAUGUUCGUUUCCCCCUCACUCCCCAUGUUCCUUUCCCCCUCACCCCCAUGUUUCUUUCCCUUUCCCUGUCAUGUUUCUUCCCAUGCCACACCGGGCGGACAAUGUUCAUCUCACACCCACACUGCUGCACGGCCCAUCCCACAGGGAUGGUGGUUGA